CGUUAUUUUGGAUGAUAGCGCGCGCAACACCGAAUACAUAAACGACAAGCAGAAGUUUGGGCUCCUCUCGAAACAGCCUGCAAUUUUUGAAUUGGCAGAGGUUUGCAUCCGGCUGAGGCACCAUGCUAGACGGCGGUCAGUUUGUGGAGGCGCUUGGUCGCCUGGGUUACCCCGGCGCGACGUCGCUCAAGGGCUCGUCGUUCGACUGGCUGUUCGACUGCGCCCCGGAGAACCUGCACUUCUUACGCUUCGUCUGCCGCACUCUCGGCAGAGCCAACGUCUUAGCGCCAGAGGAGGCUCGCGCCUUCCGUGAGCUUCAAAAGUCGGGGAAGCCCUUACUAGACGAGGCGGCUCUUGGACAGGUCCUCAAGACCGUUGGGCCCGCCGACGGGAGCAACGCGUCACAGACCUGGUUCGUGACGGGGGAGAACGACGCCAGUGUGGAGGAGCUGGAGGCCAAGCUACAGGCGCUGCAGCGGGAGAAGGUUCUGAAGCAGCGUCGCCACAGCAAGCUCCAGGUCCUGGCCACGGCCCGGGGAGACGCCGGUCUGCGGCUCUCGGCCGAGCAGGAGAGGGCGUCCGCCCUGCUGAAGGAGGGCAUGGCCGCCGUGGGGGCUGAGAACGCCAACGCCAACGCUCUUUUGGAGAAUCUCACAGAGGAGGUGGGAAGGCUGGCCUCGUACCUCCCGGCUCAACCGGAAGUCCCCCCGGGAAAGAAAUCCGGGGUCGCCGUUGCUCCCACCCCCGCUGGGCCAAAGGCAGCCGCGCCCCGCCGCUUCCAGCUGAUCUCCCAGCUGUCCCUGGAUCCCUACCUGCACCAGGAGGAGCUCAACACCAAAACACUGUCCGCCUUCACCCAGAAGCAGUUCUUCAGGGGGAUCUCCGACAUGGUGGAGACCUGCUCGGACGGCUGCCGGCUGCUGGACCUCAGCUCCUGCGACGGGAGAGAAGGGGAGGAGGAGGAGGAGGAGGAGGAGUUUGAGGAGAAUGAGAAGGGAGGUGGCGGCGAUGCGGUGGAGCGGCGUAGGACCGAGAUGGCCAGGCUGCAGUGGGCCUUCAUCGUGGGCCAGCAUCAGCUGCUGCAGGCCACAGCUGAGGAGCACAGCCUCAAGGCCGGGCUGGCCUGGCUCUCAGAGACAGGCUCACGGGCCAAGAGCAUGCUGGCCUCCUCGUCGCUGGCGGUGCGCGAGGCGGUGUCCCGGCGCCAGCUGCAGGCGGUGGAGGCGGAGCUGGAGGCGCUGGUCCGCGGGCGGCUGCCCGGCGUGCUGCGGGAGGCGUCACGGCUGCUCAACGUGCCCGUGGUGAGGGGGGACCUGGCCCUGCAGCUGGCCCGCCAAGACUACUACACCUCCAGGCAGGACCAGGUGCGUGACUACCUGCUCCGCCAGAAGUCUCUGUUUGACCUGCUCCUGCUAGCCCUGGAGGUGGAGCUGAGAGGGUGGAGGACGGCGCUGAAGCAGCUGGGGGACACCCGGCACCGGCUGUCCCUGGAGAGCGAGCAGGCGGCGCUCAGGGCCGACGCCCUGGCCCAGCCAGAGCUGGUCCCCAACCCCAGGCCCAGCCCCAUCAUCAGCUGCCAGGACGCCAGCUUCAGCAGACUGCUGCAGGUCCUGGAGGGCUCCAGGUGCGGUGCGGGCCAGGGCCCAGCGGAGCCCUUCCGGACCCACGAGGCCCUGGACCAGGCGGCGCUGGACCUGUCCGCCGACCUCCAGGCGGCCCGGGAGGCGCUGGCCGGGGCGGCCCGCCAGCAGGGCUACACGGCCGCCCGUCUGCAGGGCGACUGUGAGGCGCUGCACCGCGCCACCUACACGGAGCUCCAGCAGCUGGUGCUGGAGCCGCAGGUAUGUCCCACGGCCGGGGCCGGCCAGGAGCUGCUCUGCCCCAAUGCACAGGAGCUGAGCCUCAACCUGGCGGACGCCGAGUCCCAGCUCCAGCGGCUGCAGCGGCUGAUGCAGGACAUCAUGGGCGAGGUGAGGGCCAAGCGCUCCCAGCUGGAGCGCAGCGCCGCCCUCAGGCGGGAGAGGGACCUCUACGUCUACUUCCACCUGGACCCCCGGCUCCUGCAGCGGGCCGUGAAGGACCAGGAGGCCAAGGCGGCCGGCAGGAAAGGGCAGCACUGACGGCGGGCGCGCCCUUCAUAAAUCAGCCAUAGCCAUAACCGUGAACACAGCAGCGCCGCCACGUCCAGUCUGCGUGGACUACUGUCGGCCUGAAGAAUCGAAUGCGCCUCAAUUUGACCCCUAAUCUUUCUUUAAACACGAGUGCGUCAACACUGGUCCUCUAACAAGCGCACAAGAGGAAAUGUUCUCCCCUCGUGUACUGUCACUCACAGCGGUAUCUGGAUGGGAGCUGUUUAAACUGAGCUCAGACGUGGAGGGAGAGACGGCGCGUUUGAAUCCGGCUAUUUGAAUGUUCUCUCAUUCUGUAAUCCCUUAUCUCAGCUUAACUAAUCGUUAUAAUAAAGUUAGAACUUCUCUAUGUAUUCUUGUACUAUUUAAAUAUGUAUGUUUCUGGAUUAAACGCUAUUGAGCAUAAUCAAAUCA